GGUUUUCCAGUUUGCUGGUGGGUGGAUCUGGAGUGGGCAUCCCAUCUGCACAUCUGGCAGGGACGCCUUCCAGAUUUUCCUUGUGACUCAGGAUCAGUUUCUGAGUGCUGGGCGGGGCAAAGGCUCCUGAAGUCGCUGCUAGGCACCUCCCCCUGUGAGCAGAGCUUUGGUACAGCCCAAAUAGUUUUCAGGUUAAGAAAGCCAGAAUCUUUGUUCAGCUGCACUGGCUGAACAGACUUAGUUGGGUUACCUGGCUAAGAGCAGCAGCCGCCGCCUCUGCCGCCGCUGCCGCCGCUGCCGCUGCCGCUGCCUCUGCCGCCGCUGCCGCCGCCAAAGCACCAGGGCUCCUGAGAUAACUCAGACUUAGUUGGCUAACAUGGGUCCUCCUCUGAAGUUCUUCAAAAACCAAAAGUACCAAGAACUGAAGCAGGAAUGCAUCAAAGAUGGCCGGCUUUUCUGUGACCCCACCUUCCUGCCAGAGAAUGAUUCUCUGUUUUUCAACCGUCUGCUUCCAGGAAAGGUUGUGUGGAAACGUCCUCAGGACAUUUCUGAUGACCCCCAUUUGAUUGUGGGCAACAUCAGCAACCACCAGCUGAUCCAGGGGAGACUGGGGAACAAGUCAAUGAUCCCUGCAUUUUCCUGUUUGGCUGUUCAGGAGUCACACUGGACAAAGAUAAUUCCCAACCAUAAGGAACAGGAAUGGGAUCCUCGAAAGCCAGAAAAAUAUGCUGGAAUAUUUCGCUUCCGCUUCUGGCAUUUUGGAGAAUUGACUGAGGUGGUAAUUGAUGACUUGCUGCCCACCAUCAAUGGAGAUCUGGUCUUCUCAUUCUCCACCUCCAUGAAUGAGUUUUGGAAUGCUCUCCUGGAAAAAGCUUAUGCAAAAAUGCUAGGCUGUUAUGAGGCCUUGGAUGGUUUGACCAUUACUGAUAUCAUCAUGGACUUCACGGGCACAUUGGCUGAAAUCGUUGACAUGCAGAAAGGAAGAUAUACUGAUCUUGUUGAGGAGAAGUACAAGCUGUUCAGAGAGCUGUACAAAACAUUCACCAAAGGGGGUCUAAUUUGUUGCUCCAUUGAGUCUCCCAGCCAGGAGGAACAAGAAGUUGAAACAGACUGGGGCCUACUGAAGGGCCAUACCUAUACCAUGACUGAUAUUCGAAAACUCCGCCUUGGAGAAAGACUCGUGGAAGUCUUUAGUGCUGAGAAGCUGUAUAUGGUUCGCCUGAGGAAUCCACUGGGAAGACAAGAAUGGAGUGGCCCCUGGAGUGAAAUUUCUGAAGAGUGGCAGCAACUGACUGUAACAGAUCGCAAGAACCUGGGGCUUGUCAUGUCUGAUGAUGGAGAGUUUUGGAUGAGUCUGGAAGAUUUUUGCCACAACUUUCACAAACUGAAUGUCUGCCGCAAUGUCAACAACCCUGUUUUUGGCCGCAAAGAACUGGAAUCAGUGGUGGGAUGUUGGACUGUGGAUGAUGACCCUCUGAUGAACCGAUCAGGUGGUUGCUAUAACAACCGUGAUACCUUCCUGCAGAAUCCUCAGUACAUCUUCACUGUGCCUGAGGAUGGCCAUAAGGUCAUAAUGUCACUGCAGCAGAAGGACCUACGCACUUAUCGCCGAAUGGGAAGAUCUGACAAUUACAUCAUUGGUUUUGAGCUCUUCAAGGUGGAGAUGAACCGCAGAUUCCGCCUUCACCAUCUGUAUAUUCAGGAGCGUGCUGGGACUUCCACCUAUAUUGACACCCGUACUGUGUUUCUGAGCAAGUAUCUGAAGAAGGGCAACUAUGUGCUUGUCCCAACCAUGUUCCAGCAUGGCCGCACCAGCGAAUUUCUACUCAGAAUCUUCUCUGAAGUGCCUGUCCAGCUCAGGGAGCUGACACUGGACAUGCCCAAGAUGUCUUGCUGGAACCUGGCACGUGGCUACCCAAAGGUGGUUACCCAGAUUACUGUUCAUAGUGCUGAGGGGCUGGAGAAGAAGUACACCAAUGAACCUGUAAAUCCAUAUCUGGUCAUCAAGUGUGGAAAGGAAGAAGUCCGAUCCCCUGUCCAGAAGAAUACUGUGCAUGCCAUUUUUGACACACAGGCCAUUUUCUACAGAAGGACCACUGACAUUCCUAUUAUCAUCCAGGUCUGGAACAGCAGAAAAUUCUGUGAUCAGUUCCUGGGGCAGGUUACUCUGGAUGCUGACCCCAGCGAGUGCCGUGAUCUGAAAUCUCUGUACCUGCGUAACAAGGGUGGUCCCACUGCCAAAGUCAAGCAAGGCCACAUCAGCUUCAAAGUUAUCUCUAGCGAUGAUCUUACUGAGCUCUAAAUAUCCAGUAUCAGAGAAUCCUGACAGUUUUCCAUCUUUUUAUGUCAGGUACCAGGUCUUAGCUAAGAUUCAGUUACUGAAACUCCACAUUUAUUAACGUUUCCUCUUUUCUGAUGUUUCCCAUACCUCCCAAUUCAAGUAGCAUCAGUAGCUACAGAACCUAUAUACCUCCAGCAGCUGGACAGGGGGAGGUGACAGUCCCAUCUGGAGAUCACACGUUUGCUGAGAAAAGAUCUUUAGGGCUUCCGGUGGUGAGAUCCAAUGGGACAAUAACAAGAAUCGGACAUGCUACAUGUGUCUCUGUUGUUUCCACUUGCCCAACAUAUCUUCCCUGUAGGGCAUGUUGAGAAAGGUGGAGAGGCGAUCAAGGCCAAGCUGGUCUAGCCUGACAUCCCAUCUCCUGACUGACACUACAGAUUUACUAGCAAAACUUUACCAAUAGCGAGAGCUGACUUUAAUAGUCCCAGCCCUUACCACCACCACCACCACCACCACCACCACCACCACCACCACCACCACCACCACCACCACCGGAAAGUGUAGUCCUGCCCUAACUCAAGUCACUCCCCCAUAGUGUUUUAUCUUCAUGUUGAGGAAGCUUCCUAGGUGCUUAAUCAAGAGCUGGAGUUCAAUGAGGCUGAGACAAUAAGAGGGCUUGAACUUCAGCAAGGUGGAAGCCAGCUGUGUGCCACAAGAGGGAAAAGUGGAAGAAGCUGCAGUGGGAGACAAAGCCUCAGUCCCCCAUCCAUCCACACACACCUACACUCACACAUGCGCAUGUAGGUGCGCACAAACUACCAUUCAGACAGUCAGUGGGCAAAAGUAAGGACUAGCUAGUGAAGUAUCAUGCAUACCAAAAAGAUGAAUGAAUCCAUUCAGUAACAGGUCAGCCAGUUUGGGGUCCCUGACUACAAUGUGAAACCUCUUGCUGCUGCUAGAUUUACGAACAAGCCCAUUGUCCUGUGCUUCCUAAUAUCAUUGGUACUGAACAUGCUAUAUGGGAACUUGAGAGUCUGGUUCCCACCAGACCCCUCAGGCUUUGCCCUCUGUUUGGAAGCUCCACUCCCCAAGGGUUUGUUUUUCAGUAUGUCUACAAAAUUUCCUUGUGAAUCAGUAAUUAUAUGUGCUUCCUUCACCCUCAUCUAUCAGUAUUCUGCCCGUUUUCAAGGCCCAGCAUAAAUGCCACCUCCUCCAUGAAGUUCUUUCAAAUUCUACCCCCAAACCCCACCAUCAACAAUAUUUCAGUGCUUUUGCAAUGAUGAAAAAUAAACAUAGUCGUAGUACUUAGUGUAGUUCAGCAUGCAUUCAUUUAAAAAUACAUUUUGUAGCUCCUUUUUUACCUUAAUCAUUUUUUCUAUCAUAUUUUGCAGUCUUUGGAACUUUUACAGUGCCUUUGCCACAGUGCCUUCCACAAACAAAAUCACAAUAAAGUUCAUAUUCAUUAAA